AUGGAGGCGGAGGGCGGGGCGCUGGGCCCCGGGGAGCGCUGGGCCCCGGUGGGGGCGGUGGCGGAGGCGGACGAGGCCGAGGGGCCGGGCGGGCCGGGCUCGGGGCCGGGCUCGCCGGGGGGCUCCCCCCGCUCGCUGCCGCGGCUCCGCGCCGAGCGCCGCCGCCUGCACGGGGCCCUGCUGGCGCUGGUCUCGCACUUCGCCCAGGUGCAGUUCCGGCUCCGCCAGGUGGCGCGGGCCGGGCCCGCCGAGCAGCAGCGGCUCCUGCGCGACCUCGAGGACUUCGCCUUCCGCGGCUGCCCGGCCGCGCUGGGGGACGGGCUCGGGGAGGCCCCGGGUGAGCGGGAGAAUCAGGAGCGAAUCGAGGCCCGGAAGGAGAAGCAGCGAGAGCUAAUCAUGCAGCUCAAAACGCAGCUAGAUGACUUGGAGACCUUCGCUUACCAAGAGGGCAGCUAUGAUUCACUGCCCCAGUCCAUGGUCAUGGAAAGACAGCGGGUGAUUAUAGAGGAGUUAAUAAAGAAGCUGGAUAUGAACCUGAAUGAGGAUAUUGCAUCGCUGUCCCCCGAGGAGCUGCGGCAGCAGGUGGAUGUGGCUGUUGCCCAGAUUGUCAAUCCUGCAAGGGUGAAGGAGCAGCUGGUGGAACAGCUGAAGACGCAAAUACGGGACCUGGAGAUGUUCAUCAGCUUCAUUCAGGAUGAAGUUGGAAGUCCCGGCCAGGUGGAGGAUGGACAUUGUGAAUGUUCAGGCAGAAAGCAUGGAAGUGGCCCCUACAAACCAAAUGCCAGGCUGCCUCCUAGGAAUAACAGAGUGAACCCAGAGGAUGCCAGAAAGAUGCGAGAAACAGGCCUGCACCUUAUGCGUCGCAUGCUUGCUGUGCUGCAGAUAUUCGCUGUCAGUCAGUUUGGCUGUGCUACUGGUCAGAUCCCCCGCACCCUCUGGCAGAAGGACCAGGCCAGUAGGGACUAUUCUCCCUUAAUUAAGAAACUGGAACUGUCUGUAGACCAAGUGAGGCAGCUGGCACUGAAGCACCAGCACCAGGAUCAUGUGCUCAGCUACUCCAGCAUGCAGGAUGUCUCCUUAGGAGCGAGAGAUGAGCUGACUCUGGCUGUGCGGAAGGAGCUGACCAUUGCUAUACGAGACCUGAUGGCUCAUGGGCUCUAUGCCUCUUCUCAAGGGAUGAGCUUGGUGUUGGCACCCAUUGCAUGCCUGAUUCCUGCAUUUACCUCGUCACCACAGACCAUGCACCCCUGGGAACUCUUUGUGAAGUAUUACAACACCAAGAAUGGCCGCGCCUUCGUGGAGUCCCCCGCGCGCAAGCUUUCCCAGUCUUUUGCCCUUCCUGUGACGGGGGGCAUCACUGUUACCCCCAAGCAGAGCCUGUUGACGGCUAUUCACACUGUCCUCACAGAGCAUGAUCCGUUCAAGCGCAGUGCAGACUCUGAACUGAAAGCCCUGGUGUGCAUGGCAUUAAAUGAACAGCGUCUGGUCUCCUGGGUGAAUCUGAUCUGCAAAUCUGGGGCUCUGAUACAGUCUCACUAUCAGCCCUGGAGCUACAUGGCUAACGCAGGCUUUGAGAGUGCACUCAACAUUCUCAGCCGCCUGAGCAACUUAAAGUUCAACCUUCCUGUUGACCUGGCUGUCCGGCAGCUGAAAAACAUCAGAGAUGCUUUUUGAUGGGUCUUUUCCAGAUCAGCCCCCUUUCCCCAGAAGGAAUGUGUUAACUUACUAGCUUAGAGGAGGAGCAUUGUUUAUGACCAAACUUGUCCCCUUUGAAGCUGAUUGUGGCUAUUAGGGUAGCAAUGUAGUAUCUUGACACUGGAAACCUCCCUUACAAGACUGCCUGUGAGGAAAUGCUGCAGAUGUUUGGGUUGUGCGCUACCUCACCCAGGCCUAUGCUAAUGCAGCUAACAACAGAGCUGCUGCACCCCAUCUGUUGGUGCCUUGCCUCUGUCACAUGCAUUAGGCAUGAACCACUGUCUGAAAUGCAAUAAAAAGGGCCUGAUUUUACAGCCAAUGCAUCAGAGCAGCUCCUGUGGAGUUCAGUGGAAGUGGUUCCUAUGCUGUGGCUGCAUGCUCAGCCCCCAGAAUUUUUAGAUGUCACUUGUGGCAGUUUGCUGUUUCACACAGGGCUGUGUGAGGCUUUUUGACAGAUGUAUCUUACUUCUGCUGCUUAGGCUUGAUGUAACAUGCCCAGUGGUGGAGUCAGACAUCCCCUCCCCCACAUUUAUGUAGAUUUUGAAUGUACAGGAGGCCUGGGAACAAUUUCUGCUCUGGUGCCUAUUGGUUUGUAUCUUGCAGGAUUAGUGGCCACAGAGAUCCAGACAUUGACACAUUCUUUGGACUAUGUGGUGACAGGUGACUGGAUUGAGUAUUGUGUAAGAAUCUCAGCUUCCUCUUGGAGCUUUGGUCAAAGCCCUGAACACCAUCAGGCCAGGGUUUUAUUGCAGAUGCAUUGGUUUCACAACUGCAAACAAAUAUUCCCUUUUCCAGUUACUGUGUUUAACUUGUGUUAAUUAUUAGCCCCUGUGCUGCAAGAACAGUUGCUCAUAUGGCUCCUUGUAGAAAAUACAUUGCAGUAGUUACAGAUGUCUAAUAUUCCCAAUUUAAUUCUUAAAAGCACUUCUGUGGUCAGUAUCUCUUGGCCAGCAACUUUCUACAUCGAGUGUAUUUGAUUAUUGUGUAAUUGAGCAUUUUCUGCUGGUCUGAGGGCAAAGCUUCCUGCACUGGUGACAGGUAGGUCUGCAGUCAAAUCAGUCAGCGCUGUUGAAGUAGUAAUCCACAUGGCAUUUAGGCUGCAUGAGAAAAAUCACUUCUGGCAUCAAAAGAGAACUGAGGGUUUGAGUGGAAUAGAGCUGAGGAGAGUGCAGUCUCCUUUUUACG